UUAAAUCGGAGGGGACCUCCCGAACCAACUGGUAUCACUUUUCCACUCUUCCAUUCCUCCUCUGUCCAAUCUCUGGAUAUUUUCUGAGCUCACGAACACCUCCAUUUCUUUCUCUGCUCUGUUCUUCAAGAAAAGGUUUUGCCUCUCUCCAUAGAAAUGAAGACAAAAUGUGGUUUAUAGCCUUAGCUAGCUGUAAACAAACAGUCCUUUCAGAAUUUAUAGAAAAAUCUCUGGUGACUCAGUUUCCCUCUCUCUCUCUCUCUCUCUCUCUCUCUCUCUCUCUCUCUCUGUUUUCUAAACAGUAUUCUGUGUGGUUGCCAAAAAAUCACUGGGGAAGAGAGAAAAGCAGUGCAAGAUUACAAAUUGUAAGUAAACAUGUCCAAAGCCUAAAGGCCAAGUUUUUAUUUUUGGUCAGUUCUUUUAUCUCAAGUAAAUUGUUGAACUUGUGACUUGAUAUUAGAUUAAUUUUCAUAUCUCAUUUCUUUUUUCUUGUGGGUAUGUCUGAAAUUAUAAGUAAAUUUAUUUUGAGUGUAUAUAUGUGUAUGAACUAGUGUCCAUCAAAAGGAGAUGGCUUUGAUAAUUGUUGGUUGAUUGCGGAGAAACCAACAUUAUCUGUAUCUCUAGGAAUGAGGGUAGAUAAAAAUAUCCAAAGUUAGUAUAAAGUAUUAGGUAAAUUCUAUAAAGGGUAACGUCUUGAGAUUUUCUCAAAUUUCGCAUCACAGAUAAAUGGUAGAGGGUGUAAAUUUGAUGGGUGGCAAGGGACACUAUGGUCUUUUGCAACGCAACCUAUAACAUGCAGCCUCAGCAUAGCUUGCGGUGGUUUCCUUGAAGAAGCCCCUCAAGCCAGACAGACCUUGUUCGAUAUAGGAGGCCUUUACGUAGUAGCUUCGUAUUUUUAUUUUUCCUUUUUUCUUUAUUCUUCUUAAGUUAGCUAACAUACAGGGGAGUUGCUACUUAGUCUUGACUCUACUUGUAAGUCUUGUAUAAGAAUUAUUUUCAAUUUGGUUUUGUUUAGAUAGUCAAAUGCCAAUCUGGGUCCACAUUUGAAAACUUUUUCUAAAUAUCUUGUAGUUUGGCUUCUACUUUCCACAAUAUUUAUGUUUUUUUCUUCUAAUUCUAAUUUGUAAAAAUGAAAUAGGAUUAUCUUGUCAUACUUUUUAACAUGUUAUAUACAUUCAAAUAAAAUUCACCUAGUAGACAUGAGUUUAGCCAAGUUGGCUAGAGCGGAUGUGUUCUCCAUUGUGUGCCCGAGUUCAAAUCCUCCUCCUCCUCGUAGUUUAGAUUAUAUUAAAGUAGAAUAUCUCUUCUAUAAAAAAAAGCACCUAAUUAAUUGUAAAAUUAGGAGCCUGACAAUAUAAUUGUUUUAGUCGGUCUGGCAAUAUAAUAUACUAAUAACAGAGGCAGUCAGACACGUUUCUCUAUGUACAAAUUUCCUUCAAAGUUCAAAAUAUAUAUUUAUGUUUUGAGGGGGCAGAAGCUGAUUCUGGGUUGCAAUGAAACAAUGGGGAAAGGAUUUAGGCCCACUUCAAAACCUUUUAGGACUAGUUUUGUUGUCUUCGUAUUGAAAUUGGCUUAAACUUGGAAUCGUUUUGUUGUCAUCAGGAAUUCCAUAUCUUUAGUUCCUUGUCUUUGAUUGGUGCAAAAUGGCUACAAAUGCCACAGUUGCAAGUGCAUGCCCAGCACCCAUGAAAGCAACAUCCAAUGGGGUCUUUCAGGGUGAUAAUCCUCUGGAUUUUGCUCUCCCUCUUGCCAUCUUACAGAUAUGUCUUGUGGUUGCACUUACACGGAUUCUUGCUUAUCUUCUCCGGCCACUAAGACAGCCUCGUGUUAUUGCAGAGAUUGUGGGAGGAAUAUUACUUGGCCCCUCAGCUCUUGGUCACAGCAAAAAUUACCUGGAUACAAUUUUUCCAAAAAGAAGUCUCACGGUGUUAGAUACUUUAGCCAAUCUUGGUCUUCUCUUCUUUCUUUUCCUGGUAGGCUUGGAGUUAGAUCCAAAGUCCAUCCGCCGGACUGGAAAGAAGGCUCUAUGCAUAGCUGCUGCAGGAAUUACUCUACCUUUUGUAUUAGGAAUUGGUACAUCAUUUGCCCUCCGAGCAACUAUAUCUAAAGGUGUAGAUGGACCCCCAUUUCUUGUUUUCAUGGGAGUGGCUCUUUCUAUAACUGCCUUCCCUGUUUUGGCGCGUAUUCUGGCUGAGCUGAAGCUUUUAACCACUGAUGUUGGUCGAAUGGCCAUGUCAGCAGCAGCAGUCAAUGAUGUGGCUGCAUGGGUUCUUCUUGCUCUUGCCAUUUCCCUCUCCGGCACUGGCCGUUCUCCCCUGGUUUCACUAUGGGUUUUCUUGUGUGGGUGUGGUUUUGUUCUCGGUUGUGUAUUUUUUGUUCGACCUAUCUUUAAAUGGAUGGCACAGCGCUGUCCUGAGGGCGAACCAGUAGAAGAAUUGUAUGUGUGUGCUACUUUAGUUGCAGUUUUGGCAGCUGGGUUUGUCACUGAUACUAUUGGAAUUCAUGCUCUAUUUGGUGCAUUUGUGCUUGGAAUUCUUGUUCCAAAAGAAGGGCCAUUUGCAGGCGCUCUUGUUGAAAAAGUUGAGGAUCUUGUAUCUGGUCUGUUCCUCCCAUUAUACUUUGUCUCAAGUGGAUUGAAGACCGAUGUAGCUACAAUUCGUGGAGCUCAGUCAUGGGGCCUCCUAGUCUUGGUCAUUUCAACAGCCUGUUUUGGGAAGAUCAUUGGGACUAUAGGUGUUUCCCUCCUCUGCAGAAUGCCCUUUCAAGAGGCUAUGGCUCUGGGAUUUCUCAUGAAUACAAAAGGGUUGGUGGAGCUCAUUGUCCUUAACAUUGGCAAAGACAGAAAGGUUUUGAAUGAUCAAACAUUUGCUAUCAUGGUUCUCAUGGCUAUCUUCACAACCUUCAUUACAACACCUAUAGUAAUGGCAGUAUACAAGCCAGCUAAAAGAAAGAGCAAUUCAAAUUACAAGUACAGAACUAUUGAAAGGAAAGACCCAAGUACUCAGCUCCGAAUUUUGACCUGUUUCCACGGUACAAGGAACCUCCCCACAAUGAUUAAUCUCAUUGAGGCUUCUCGUGGGACUGAAAAGAGGGAACGGCUUUGUGUGUAUGCAAUGCAUCUUAUGGAGCUUAACGAGAGAUCUUCUGCAAUUGUGAUGGUUCACAAAGCGAGAAGAAAUGGGCUACCCUUUUGGAAUAAGGGGUCAGAUAACAAUAAAGUUGUUGUGGCUUUUGAAACCUUUGAGCAGUUGAGUCGAGUGGCUAUCCGCCCAAUGACAGCAAUCUCUUCUAUCUCUAGCAUGCAUGAAGACAUCUGUGCAAGUGCUGAAAGGGAAAGGGCAGCAAUGAUUAUUAUCCCAUUCCACAAGCACCAGAGGUUGGAUGGGGCAUUGGAGACAACUCGAACUGAAUACAGAGGGGUCAACCGGAGGGUUCUUGAGAACGCACCAUGCUCAGUUGGGAUCAUGGUGGACCGUGGUCUUGGUGGAACCACUCAUAUAUCUGCCAGCAAUGUUUCUUCAACCGUGGUUGUCCUAUUCUUUGGGGGUAGUGAUGAUCGCGAGGCCCUUGCUUACGGUAUGCGAAUGGCUGAACACCCGGGUAACAAUUUAACUGUUGUUCACUUCUUAGCAAGUCCUGAACUUGAGAAGGAGAUUGUCAGAGUAGAUAUAAACGAUGGCUCUGACGCUUCAGCCGGGCCAGGGAAUGAGAAGCUCAUUGUUGAGCUGCAGCAGAAGAUUUCAAAUGAUGGCUCAAUCAAAUAUGAGGAGAGAACAGUGAGAAAUGUUGCAGAAACUACUGAUUCGAUUCGCGAGUUCAAUCGUUGUAAUCUGUUUUUGGUUGGUCGACGGCCUGAGGGUCAAGUAGCUGCUGCUUUGAAUGUGAAUUUGAAGGUGAAGAGUGACUGUCCUGAACUGGGGCCUGUAGGUAGCUUGCUGACCUCUCCAGAUUUCACAACUGCAGCAUCAGUCUUGGUAGUGCAGCAGUAUCAUGGCCUGGCAGUGCUUCCGGGCCCAGUUUCUUCGUCGAAGGCGGUUGUGUUGCCUGAGGAAGAAUCAGAAACCAGCUGAUGACUUCUUCCUAGCCUGUUUGGAUUCAUUGUACAGAUUAUGAUAAAAUUUUAGUUUAGAUAAAUGUCUAUCCUAAGUUCCAUUUAAGAUUGUUGCUUCUCAAAGGUCACAAGUUUUAAUUAUCAAUUGCCACAGCUUAUGCUUAUGGAUCUGUAGAUUCUUGCCACCACUAAAGAAGAUAAUUACCUAAAACAAAAACAAAAAGAUUUUAACUUGCUAUCUUUUCUUUUUUCUUGUAAUCUUCAGGCAGAGAAUUGUCCAUUUGAACUAUUCUUCUAGCCUAUGAAUAAAGAAGGCUACUCUUGCAU